AUUGGUGGACAGUCACCGUGACGCGGGCGCAGGGACAUUCCCUUCGCUGAUGGAAGAAAAGAGAAAGUUUCCAAGAUGGCGUACGUAGAAGGCUGUUCACUGGAAAACAAUAGAAGCGGCGCCGAGGGAGGUGAUUAACCCGCUCUGGCUCGCUUCGAACCGCACACAUCCCGACCCGGGCUCGGCCUGAAGGAGGCAUAUCCGUGGCGGCGACUCUGGACAUUUAAACUAUGAGGAUUUAUUCAGGCGUUUCAGACCCAGAACCCAGCGGCUAACGGCUACACAGAGGCGGAGGAGGGUCAGCUGUUCUCCGGACAGAUGCUGCUGUAGGACCCGCGGACAGAAACACUCCUACAAUAAUGAGAGACUGAAGGCCGUUAGAGACCUCCAUGGAGCCAGCAGUGAAGUGCAGGGCCAGGGGGGGUGUAUAAAGAGCCACAUUCAGCUUUUUAUGGACGAAACCUGAGCUGGAAGUUUACUACGAGUCUUUACUGAUGAUGGCGGAUUUUGUUACACCGCGACACAGCGCGGUGAUGGAGCGGCUCCGCCGGAGGGUCGAGCUCUUCCGGCAGCAUCACAACAGGUGCGAAACCCGUUACGACGGCGCCACGCAGGAGCGGAUGGAGCUGGAGAGGCAGCAGACCCUCAUCCUGCACCAGCGCCUGCAGCAGACCAAAGCCAAGCGGGCCAGCAAGCACCGGCAGCCCCAGCCUAGCGGCGACCAGGCCGGACAGAGAGCGCCCGGCGGCGGCGGCGGAGCAGCGGCGGAGCCCGGGGAGGGAGGAGGCACGAAGGCGGAGCAGAGUCGGAACAGGACCCUGAUGGCGUUACAGGAGACGUUGAAGAGGAAGCCGGACAACACCAGUUCUCCAGUCAACGGUUUCAGUGACGGACCCCCCCACAAAAUACUGUCUCUGGACACCCGGCCCCCCCUGGACUCCAAGCCGAGCCUCAACGAUUUAUCAAACCCCACCCGUGUGUCGACGGGGGAUCUGGGGGAYGGCGGAGGAGAGCCGGACUUCGACUGUAAUAAGAUGAAGCAGGAGCCGGAGGACAUCUUGCCCAUCAUGCCCCCCAUCAUGGUGGGGGGCAGCAACAGCCUGUUCCCCGACCUGAACGAGCAGGAGUGGAACGAGCUGAUCGAGGACCUGAACCGCUCCGUGCCCAUCGAGGACAUCCAGAAGAUUCUGGAGGAGAGCUUGGAGGACCGCAAGGACCCUUCAGAGCUGGCUUUGACUCCAGGAGGAGCGGGGGGAGCAGCAGGAGACGGGGGUCCGUCCUCCCAGGGGCUGCUCCCUGACUUGGCUAGUGUCAAGACGGAGUUUCCUUCACCCUCUGCCGUUUUUGAGCAGGACUGUCGGACCACCUCGCCCCACAUGAAGUCCAGCUCCGUACCCMCUCCCCACCCCAACAGCUCCCCCGUGGCCUCCUCCUCUGCCUCCUCCCCUGCCCUCCCCCCACCUCAACCGGCCCCUCCCUCCAGACCGCUGCAGCCCCCUCCCAACCACCUGCUGCCGCCGGGACCCAAAGACGUGUCGCGGGCCCAGCAGCUGCAGCACCUGGCCGCUCAGCAGAGGGGUCAGAAGCUGCAGCCUCAGAGAGAGGCCAAGUUCCUCAGCCAGGGUCCUCACGCCUGGCCCCCCAUGGCCAACACGUCUCAGACCUCACUGGGGGUCACCAACCCCUCGCUGUACCCGUCGGACUUCAACCCCAAUGCCCAGAAGCCCCUGAUGAUGCCCCCGCAGCCCAGCAAGAGCUCGCCAAAGUCAGGAGCGGGCAGCUACAUGCAGGGCACCGCCGGGCACCCCAACAUGCUGAGCCCCCUGACCACAGGACCCCCUCUGAGCCACCCUCCAGCACAGGGACCCCCGACCCCCACAGUACGCCUCAACUACAGCAACACCAGGCCUCUGUCCCACUACGAGGCCGGACCAGGACCGCCGAGGACCCCCAACACCAGCAGCCAGGACAAGACCCUGCUGAACCUGGUCCGACAGCAGCAGAUCAAACAGAGCAGCAUGUCGUUCCACCAGCACAUCCCCCACACACAGGACCAGAACUCGUACCCGGCCCCUCCACACGGCUCAGGUCCAGCUAACGUCGGGAACAACCCGAUGGCGGCGCCGCAGGGGGUCAACGCCAUGGCAGGAAACAGAAACGUCGUGUACCAAAACAGCCAGGCUGCCAUGGCGGCGGUGCUGAAGCAGCAGCAGUACCUGCAGAGACAGCAGUUCAUGGCUGAACAGGAGAAGCAGCGUCAGGAGCAGCAGAUGCAAAGACACCUGACCCGACCUCCCCCUCAGUACCAGGACCAGUCGGGACCUCCRGCCAAUCAGAACCCUUUCCCCCAGCAGCCAGUCAGUCAGUUUACAGCUUCCUCUCAGCCAAUGAACAGCGUCGGCUCCAUGGGAGGCCCCGCCCCCUCGUCCCGUAUGUUCCCUCAGAACCAGGGCAUGAUGGGUAUGAACAUGGGUCAGGGGGGUGUGGCCGGAGGCGGCGUGGUGCCGCCCCCCGCCGUGAGCCAAGCUGACAUCAGUCUGCCGUCAUGCAGCGGGGGCGGGGCAGGGGGAGGGGACGGCGGCGGCGGCGUGGACAGCCUCUACAACAACAUGAACCUUCACCCCGCCCACCCGCAGCGCCAGGCUCUGGGAGCGAUGAGCGCCCCCUACAGGCAGAGCGUCCUGCCCCCGCAGCACCUGAAGCCCCAGGCCAGCGCCGCCCUGCUGAAGCAGCAGCAGCUCSCCGCCGCCGCCCGCCUGCCCAACGCCAUCCAGGCAAACAUGGCGUCCAGCAUGAACCGGUCCAUGCAGACGAGUCAGAGCGCCGCCUGGCAGCAGCAGCUGGCCAAUCAGACGCCUGCAGGGAGCGCCCURAACAACCCCUCCAACCCCUUCCACCUGCAGCAGCCACGCAUCCCCAAGAUGCAGUCUGGCUCCGCCCCCUUCAACGCCGGCKCACGUCCGAUAGCAGCUCUGAGCGCCGGGCAGCAGAUGAUGCAGACGAACAUGGCCGCYGCCCAGCAGAGGGCUCCGCCCACCCCUCAGAGCAUGGGCCAGCAGCAGGCCAAUCAGAACCUGCCGGACCUGUCGGCGUUCGGCCCGCCGCAGGCCAACGGCCACCAGGGGCUGCAGUGUAACCAAGGUUACCAGGUGAGCAGGGCGGCCAGUCAGCAGCAGCUUUCCUUCGGCUACAACGUGGCGUCGGGCAGCUUCGCCGCCGAGAGCGAGCUGGUGGACUCUCUGCUGAAGGGCCAGAGCACGCAGGAGUGGAUGGCCGACCUGGACGAGCUGCUCGCCAGCCACCCGUAGAUUUACCACCCUGCCGACAACAACCGGAGCGUUUCACCGGAGCUCCGGUGAAAUCACGAGUCACCUGACCCACAAACACUCCUGGUGAAACGGAUCUGAGAGGCAGAAAAAUCCUUUAGCAAUUAAAAAAAAAAGG